AAAUCCUUGUCCUCAAAGUUAGAAGUGUCAGUCGCGAUUUUCAAAACCACCUUCGUUUCUUCUGAGACAAAUAAUCAUGUCUUUCUCUUUUCUUCUGUAGAUUUAGCUUUGGAAUCAAAUCCUUCUGACCACCCCAGGGCAAGCACAAUUUUCCUCAGCAAGUCUCAGACAGAUGUGCGUGAAAAGAGGAAGAGCAACCAUUUAAACCAUGUAUCUCCAGGGCACCUUACUAAAAAGUAUAGCUCAUGCUCAACAAUAUUUCUAGAUGACAGCACAGUCAGCCAGCCUAACCUUAGAACCACAAUAAAAUGUGUGACCUUAGCAAUAUAUUACCACAUAAAGAACAGAGAUGCAAAUAGAUCCCUGGACAUUUUUGAUGAGAGAUCACAUCCACUCACAAGAGAGAAAGUUCCAGAGGAGUACUUUAAGCAUGACCCUGAACACAAAUUUAUUUACAGAUUUGUCCGUACACUUUUUAGCGCUGCACAGCUGACAGCGGAAUGUGCAAUAGUGACGUUGGUUUACUUGGAGAGACUCUUAACUUACGCUGAGAUCGACAUUUGUCCCACUAACUGGAAAAGGAUUGUUUUGGGAGCCAUUCUUCUUGCCUCUAAGGUUUGGGAUGAUCAGGCUGUGUGGAAUGUGGACUACUGCCAGAUCCUCAAGGACAUUACAGUUGAGGACAUGAAUGAGAUGGAAAGGCAUUUCUUGGAGCUACUCCAGUUCAAUAUUAACGUUCCUGCCAGUGUUUAUGCCAAAUACUACUUUGACCUUCGCUCCUUAGCAGAUGACAACAACCUGAAUUUUCUGUUUGCUCCUCUCAGCAAAGAAAGAGCACAGAACCUAGAGGCCAUUUCAAGAUUGUGUGAAGACAAAUACAAAGACUUGUGUAGAGCCGCUGUGAGAAGAUCUUUAAGCGCUGAUAAUUUCAUUGGUAUUCGGCGCUCUAACGCCAUCCUCUCCUAAGAGAGCCAUGAGGAGUAAGAGCACCAGGGCUCCUCAUUGACACAGACUGUAGAAAGAGCGCCUCUCCUGGCCAGAGACCAGCAGAGGGAACUCCAGCGAAUGGAAAGAACUCAAAGUCUGGACAGUGAAUGCUGACUCCAUAGGAAAGAAUGGGACCUUGUCAAAGCAACCACUCUCUGUCCUUUGUAAUGUAAACAGUUACAAAAACCACUCCAAAGCAAAAGCUCUGACCACACACAGAUAUUGCUUACCAUGUAGGCCAAUGGCUCUGAAAUAGGUGAGGUUUUAAAUUGUUUCAACUUUUAGACUUUCGUUUGAGACAGGGUCUUAUGUAGACUGGGCUGGCCUCAAACUCAAUAUAUGACUGAGGCUGGCUUUGAACUCCUAAUCUUCCUGCCUCUACCUCCCAAAUGCUGGGAUUCCCAUGCCUGGCUCAGAUUUUUAGACUUUAAAGACACUAACCAUAUAACUUUGGUUUUUCUUGUUUUUCUUGCUCCCUACCCCCGCCCAACUGCUGCAUAUGCUGUUAGAAUUGAUUCAGUGUUACCAUUAAAACAUGAGACUUCUUCCCAUUUGUGGUGCUGGGAAUCAAACUGAGGACUUAGCAUGUUGGUGAGCCCUUGACCACUGAGCUACACUCCUCAGCCCCAAGCAUGGGAUACUUAACACUCAUGAAACCACCUAGGAGCAGAAUGUAGCAUCAUUAGGUAUUAAAAGUUCUCCUACUGUGUCAUCAAAGCUGCUAGUCAUUAGUGGCAAUCAGUUUAAAUUACCUGGGUAACAGUCACCACUCGUAUUCCUUGCAAGCACUGCUCACUAGCAUUUUGUUAUGUUUGGAGCCAUGAAGAGAAGUUAUCAGUUGUUGAUUGCGUCUGUUGGGUCCACGCGGCAUUUUCUGUAAACUAUUAAUGGUGCUUCUCAUUAUCUGAUGGUUUUCCUCAUGUUAACAAGUGUAUUAAAAGAUAUUUUCAUAAUGCCAAACAACAUAGUGGUCCAGUGAUCAUGAGCAGAUACCUAAAAAAAGACAAGGUGUCCCCAAAAUUAGUGAUGCUUUUUUACACUUAGUGUUCUGUGCCUGGGCUCUCUUGGGACAUUGCAGCAGAUAUAGAAAAGCCACAAGCUUUCACAAAAACAUCAUUUGAAAGUUUUAAUUUUACCAAUUUGAAAUAAUUAAGCUUCUAAUUAUUGUUUCCCUUGGCAAUUGCAAACUAUGAACCAAAAAAUUAAAACUAAAGGCUUGAUAUUCCAAAUUUGGGGGAUUAAAUUGAAAAAAAAGGUAAAGUAAAACUUUUAAAUAAUGUUUCAUUAUUUUGUAGUGUUUAUAACUCUACACUAUCAGAGUUUAAACCUGCACUGAGAUUUGGGGCUCCUGUGUAAUUCCAUGGAAGUAUUCCUUCUCUCAAGUAGUUCUGUGCCAGGCUGGGCUCUAACUGCUUUCAUCACCUAAGUGUCUUUACUUUCAGUUAAGGGAGGUUAUGAAGAACACUGUUAACUCACAUAGAAUACAUGAAAAGGAAUCAGAUCCCCAGACAGCAGAUGAAAUGAGCAAUUAAAAAAAAAACCACCUCUGUCCUGCACGUUUGCUUGCCUGGGUGCAGUGUCUUCUGAACUGCACAGGAGCCCCGAGCAAAGCUUUAAAGGCGGGGGAGGAAAUGGUUAGGAAAACGAUGGCAGCAGCGCCUAAAUUUGAAAUAACAAAAUAUUUGUUUUUUCAACCCCACACAUUCUAUUCUCAUGUGUAACCUUGGAAAUCUUACCUGCGAGCAAGACCUCUGUGGGCCAGAAUACUUCCUCUUGUGGCUGCAGCGCUUCACAUGCGCCCAGUGCUGCCGGGUUCUUCAUAUGGAAAGGACAGACAUAAAUGUUAAGGAAAGAUGUAUGAAAUAUUACAAUCUACCACCUCAAAAAACAUUGUUUAUGGAGUUCAGAGCAUAGAGAUUCAAGUAUUGAUUGCAGUUUUAUUUUGAAAAGAAUGCUACAACUUAAUGUGGUUUUUCUUUCUCAUGUUUAUAUUAAAAGAGAAGCUAAUAAAUUCUAUUUUAAUUAAAAUAUG